CUUUGCAUACUCUUGCAGUCAUAGGGAUUAGUAGCAUCUCACUGAUCUAGACGCCGGAAAGGUCGGAAAAUUUCCAGUUUUUAGCGGUUGUGUGCAAGAGCUGAGGUCCGAAACCGGUUGUAAACAUUACCUAGUAACAUACAAAAAUGAUCUACGACGUAAACUCCCACCUGUUCCGGUCAUUCCUGGCUGUCACCGGAGGCGCCAAUGCUGGCGCCGCCAACGCUCCUGCAGUUCGGCACCGCUGCGGCAACGGCGGCCUCUCCCCCCACGGACGAUGCAUCCGGACUCGUGAUCCAUCCUUCGGCAGCGGCGCACUCUUUCCUUGGCAGCAGCAGCUUCACUUGCUCGCGCGCCUGCGGGAGCUCCAGGCCGAGAACCCAGGCGGCAGCGGGCUGGCUCUACGGGUGGAGGUGGAGGGCGGAGGCUGCUCGGGGUUCCAGUACAAGUUCAAGUUGGAGGAGGCCACCAAGGAGGACGACAUGGUGUUCGAGUGCGAGGGCGGUCGGGUGGUGUGUGACGUCAUCUCCCUGGAGUUCCUCCGGGGGGCGGUCCUGGAGUUCGAGGACAGCAUCAUGAGAUCGGCGUUCACGAUUAGUAAGAACCCCAAUGCGGAGGCCUCCUGCGGCUGCGGGAGCUCCUUCGCUGCCAAGAUGAAGUGA